AUGGCUCUUCCAUUAGCUUCUAUCGGGGAAUUUUACAUUAAAUCUAGCGCAUCUCCCUCCGGUAAUGCAACUUUGCUUGCCCCUGCCGCUCAAAAUUUAGUCGUUGACGUAGAACACGGUGGUUUCUUUGGAGGCUGGAGUACUGCUAAAGAAGGAACAAAAGCAAUCCUCGCUACUCAAAAAAGCGACAAAGAACACGACGCUUAUCAAUUAUGGAAAUACGACGAUGGUUGGAUUAUUCACAAACAAAGCUCUUUAUGUUUAGAAGUUGAAAAUGGUAAAUCUGGUAACCGUCUGUUACUUCAUUCCAGAAAAAGUCCAAAUCAAGCUAACAAUCAAAGAUGGGUCUUUACCAACGAGGGUCACAUUGCUUUGCAAAAUAAUCCUAAAUUAGUAUUGGAAAUAAAAAGCUCAUCUGCGAAAGAUAAUGCACCAAUUAUUUUGAGCGAUAGUAAAUCAAAAUCUUUCAAACCUGCUUUAUCCAAAUGGGUUGUACUUCCUACCCAAAAGAUAAGAGCUCAAGGCAAAUCUGAUCCAUAUGUUAGAGUUUUCCAUCAAAGUAAUACCAAAGAGCCUUUGUUAGCAACUCGCGUUAUUGAUAACGAGUUGAAUCCUGUUUGGAAUGAAGUUCAUUACUUACCUGUAAAUCAUAUCGGAGAAAAAUUCAUCCUUGAAGUAAUGGAUCACAAUACUAUAACUAAACACGUAACGCUUGGUCAAGUUAAUUUUGAAAUUACAAGAGAACUUGUUAAAGAAGUUGGUGAAAAUACCUAUGAACCUAAUCCAAAUGGAAUAGAUGUAUGGGUUAGACUCUCAACUCAAGGCCAAAUUCAUUAUAAAGCUAAAUUCUUUUCAUUAGCCGCUCCUCGAAAAUUAUCUCCAGAUUUUCUUGCAAAUCUUAAAGAAAAACCUUUUGAUUCUUCCACACUUUUUAAUGUUAUCACAUUACAAUCAUCGGAUGGUAGCUUUUCUAGCUCACCCCUUUUGGCAAACUUAUUUGGUUAUGAAAAAUCAGAAGAACUUAUGACUUUAUUCAAUAAACAUAUCAAAAAUGAAAGAUUAUCGAAAGUUAAGGAGUCUGUUUGUAUAACUAGUAUGGUCAUGUGGUUCUUAAUAUAUUUAUUCAAAGAUCUCCGUAAAGAAUGGAACAGUACUUAUUUACGUGCUGAACAAUACAUCAUUAAAGAAGCCAAUAGUUAUGAAUUGGAAGAACUUAUAGUUUCAACUGGUAAAUGUGCUAUCCGUGAGCGUUUUGACAUUAAAGUAUCAGAGGAAAUAGGCUUCAGACAUAAAAAAAUCACAUUUACUCAAACAGAAAUCACGGUUACUCGUGUACAAACCAUAAUAAAAUAUCAAAACAGCAAUGGUUCAUUCAAAAUCGAUGAUAAUGUUGCAAAAUUACUUGGUUUUGAAUCUAUCGAGAAGCUUACUUUAAUUCUUACACAACAUAUAAAGUCACAUUCUUCUAAUAGUACAACAAUAUCUAAAUUAGAAAUCAAUGUUUGGAUUACUAUCCUUGUAAUUUAUUACUUACGUCUUAUUUGUAUCGAACACAAAAAAACAUGGAUUUCUCAACAUGAAAAAGCUUAUGUUUGGUUAUGGAGCAUAUUUUUAAGCGACGAAGUUGAAAGUGAAACCUUUUCAACAAUUAAAUCAUUUGUGAAGGAAGUAUACGACAUACAAAGUGAGACCUUGGCAUCGGAUAGUAAAUUCGAGACUGAAUUUGCUGCCAAAAAAACCACUUUAAGAUCAUCUAUUAGUAAAAGCUCACAACAUGAGAUUGAAGAACACCAAACAAUUACUUCUUCGCCAAAAACUAAAAUAUACACCCGAAAAACUGUUACUAUCAUUAUUGUACGUCGCUUCCUCGGUUAUCAAACAAGUAGUGGUUGUUAUGAACUUAGUAAUCAAUUAUCUCAAUCACUUGGAUUUUCUUCAAGUGAAGAAGCAAAAACUCAAUUGUUAAAACAUUUCUCCUCAUUUUCUCGAUCUUCCAGACUUGAUGUUAAUAUUUGGAGCACUGCCAUUAUGAUUUGGUAUCUUCGUUAUGUCUUGAUAGAUUUCAGAUAUGAAUGGAUUGAAUAUUACAAUAACUCUUUGAAAUGGCUAUGUAGUGCUGUGAAAGAUAAAGAAACUGAAGAGGAGGUUCUUGAGGCUGCCAGAGUAUUUGUCAAGAAAAGAUUUGAAGUUGAAGAAUCUACAAUACAAGAAGCCAGCAGCAGCAUUUUUGUAAAACAUGAAACUAUCACAGUCGAAACCACAAAAACCAUCACCUCUAAACAAAAUAAAGACGGCUCUUUCCACAUUUCAGAUACACUUUCUGGAAUUCUUGACAUUUCCUCAGAUACAAAAUCUCAAUCAUUCACAUCUACUAUCCAAACUUAUGCUGUCAGCGAACGUCUCAAGAAAACUACUACACAUUAUACUUGGUGGACAACUGCAAUUACUAUCACUUAUCUAAGUACUACUAAAGUUACUGGAGCAACAUCAACCAUCGGAUCAACAAUUAGCAGCAUUUUUGGAAGACAUGAUACUAAAUCAGUUGAAACCACAAAAACCAUCAUCUCUAAACAAACCAGUGAAGGCUCAUUCCACAUUUCCGACACACUUUCUGAAAUUCUCGAAAUUUCUUCUGACACAAAAUCCCAAUCAUUCACAUCUACCAUUCAAACAUACGCUGUCAGCGAACGUCUCAAGAAAACCACUACACAUUAUACUUGGUGGACAACUGCAAUUACCAUCAUUACUACGUCAACCAUUGGAUCAACAUUUAGUGGCUUCUUUGGAAAACAUGAUACUAAAUCAGUUGAAACCACAAAAACCAUCAUCUCUAAACAAACUAGUGAAGGCUCAUUCCAUUUUUCUGACACGCUUUCUGAAAUUCUUGAAAUUUCUUCAGAUACGAAAUCAUUCACAUCUACCAUUCAAACAUAUGUUGUCAGCGAACGUCUCAAGAAAACUACUACGCAUUAUACUUGGUGGACAACUGCAAUUACUAUCAUUACCACUACAACACAAUCCCAUGAUAAAAAAGAAGAGGGUAUUACUAGUGGAGUAACAUCAGCUAUUGGAUCAACAUUUAGUGGAUUCUUUGGAAGACAUGACACUAAAUCAGUCGAAACCACAAAAACCAUCAUUUCCAAACAAACCAGUGAAGGCUCAUUCCACAUUUCAGAUACACUUUCUGAAAUUCUUGACAUAUCCUCAGAUACAAAAUCUCAAUCAUUCACCUCUACCAUUCAAACAUACGCUGUUAGUGAACGUCUCAAGAAAACUACUACACAUUACACCUGGUGGACAACUGCAAUUACUAUUAUUACCACUACAAGUAGCUCCAAUGUAACACAAUCCCAUGAUAAAAAAGAAGAGGGUAUUACUAGUGGA